AUGAGAGGAAGGAGAAGAGGUAAUCAAGAGAUUGAGGAGAGUGAGCAUGAGAGCAAUGAGAAUGUGCCCAUGGAAGAGGAGGAGUCAGAGGAAGAAGAGGAUGAGCUCCCCAUGUACCAAGAGCAUUAUGAUGCUCUCUUCUCCAUGGACUUUGUGGAGACCAAGUACCCACAUGAUGACACAAUGAAGGCUCUUGGGAUCUUUGAUGAUGUGGAGCUGGUCCUCAAGAACAUGCGCCUGGCCAAGUUCUUCUCUUACCGCUUGGAGUCAUACAAGGAGCUCACUUGGAGAAAGGAAGGUGAUUACCUUCAGGCAGUUGGAGAUCCUUUGGUUUCACUUAUGGGGAGGGAACCCAUUGGGAUAUCAAGGAGGAUGAGCUACAAAGAGUAUGGGCUACAAUUGCUGAGGAGGAUUACUCUUCUUCAAGUCAAAGGCUGCUCAGAUCAGGAGCCCAGUGCUGAGAUAUGUCCACAAGGCUUGCCAACACCUUCUUUGCAAGGAAAGCCACUGGGACAAUAA